AUGUCCCGCGAAAAAAUUAUGUCCCGCUUCAACGCCAAAAAUCGCGGGGAACCUUCUCAACAUAAGCGAAUACAGUUAGCAUUCGAAUGGCUCCUCGAAAACCCUUCCGAAACACUUCUUACUGCGAGUCGCAUUCAUAUGAUAGAGAAGCCUGAUACUUUAAAGCGAAGAUGGAAUAAGUAUCAAGCUAAACAAGCUCGAUUGAAAAAGGGGAAAGCGCUACAAGUAGGGAGGCUUAUAGUUCUAUCAGCAGCACAGCACAAAGCUGUUUUGAUCUACGCCGCAGAUCAAGCAACUAAAGGAGGGAAAAGAGCUACUAAGCAACUCUAUGCUAUACGGACUAAACCAAUCGCAUCUUAUCGCGUCGAUAUGCAUACCGAGAAAUCUCUCUCCAACUGGUUCUAUACCGAGCUUGUUCUUGCUAUCCAGUUCUGCGGAAUUAAGCUUAAAGAUAAGCAUAGAAUCGCAAAUAUAGAUGAGAAAGGCGCGCGGAUUUGUAUGCCGGCCGGAGAAGAAGUUAUCGUACCUAUCGGAAUCAAAGAGAUGUAUACAGGAAUCUAUGAAAAUCGACUAUCCGUAACUAUGAUCGAAGCUAUUCUUGCCGAUAGAAAAGCUAUUCCUCUAAUGAUUAUUAUGCCCGGAAAGCAAAUUAUAGCGUCUUGGUUUUCCGAAAAGAUGACUAGACAUAAAGUUGUCACUGUUUCCGAAUCCGGUUAUACGAACGAUAGGAUUACUAUAGAUCAGCUUUGCCACGAAGCUUCAAAUUUCAUUCUAUUAGCUAAACAAAAUCGUAUAUGGCUUAUCAAAUUCCCUUCUUAUCAAACUCAUCUUUUACAACCUUUCGAUGUCAGCUGCUUUCGCACUUGGAAACAUAAUCAACAAUGUGCUAUCAUGGAUGCUAUUCGAGGCUUCGAAGCUGAAUAUACUAUCUCAUCGUUUAUGCGAGACCUUCUUCAAAUUCGCGAGCAAACCUUUACAACUCAGAAUAUCAAACACGCUUUUCGAGAUGCAAAAAUUAAAAAGAGUAAGAAAGAGGCGGGAUUGCAUAUACUCGAGUACGGAGAAACGUCUGAUCUUGAAGAAGAUGAAUAUUCUUUUUCAAUCGAUAAGCAACCUGACGAAUUACCUCUUCCUGCGCUACCUCGACCUCCUCAAUCUUUUCAAGAUUGCGUAAAGCAACUCGACGAUCUGAACGAUAAGAUCAGAAUAGCUCUUUCUUCUCCUAGCCGCCAACGCUUCGAUAUCGCGAAACAAGAACUCGAUAAAAAUCAAAAGCUUCAGCGCGAUACACAUCGGAAAAAGCUGAUUAAAAGGUCGAGUUUGCAAACGGGAGAGAAUAUACUAGCUUCUAAAGCACUCGAAAAAGUCAAGGCUAUAGAGAUAAAAAAGCAAGAAGCUAGUCUUAAGAUAGCGAACGCUAAACUCAAGUCAGCAACGAUUAAAAUUCGAAACGAUCGUUAUAAUCAAGGAUUAAACGAAGCGUAUAAGCAACAAAGUCGAGGGAUUCCUAUACACAUUCCACCCGAACGAGAAGUCCUUAUUCGAGACCGCGAAAAGCAACCUACAGCAAAAGAACUAGAAGCUAAUAAUAUUGAUUUGAUUUCUUUUCGAGACGCAGUUGUAAACGAAAAAGCUGCGUUAAAAGAAGUUCAAGAAAGAGAUCUUGCUACAUUCGCGGACCCUUCGUAUUCAAUCGAUCCUUAA